AUUCCCGUGGCCUGAGUGGAGGAACCCAAGCGGAGAGUGCGGCGCCGCCUUCCACCUCCUCCGGCCGGGUGGGGGUGUUGGGCCCAGCGAGGGCCAGGCUGCCUGAGUGGGGGCGGGGGGCGCCGCGUCUGAGGACCCGCGGAAUUGGCGGCGGGUGGAUAGCCGCGGCGGGCAGGGAACCGGACGACGGGGGUGCUCCUCGAGAGCCUCUCGGCGAGGUAGGAGAGCCUGCGCCCCCGCACCCGGGCCCCCGCCCCCUCGCGGUCUCCGCCUCCUUGCCUCACACACCCCCAGGGCCGCCUGAGCCCAGGCCUUCUCGGCGCUUCUCCUCCUUCUCUUCAUACUCACCCUCGGACCCGGGUUGUCCUGCCAUCCGCCGGCCUUGCUCCCUCCGGGGCGAGUCCUCGUUCUCAGGCUCUCCUUACACACACGAGCACACGCCCGCUCGCUGGGCGGCCUUCUCCUCUUGGCCCUCCUCCUCCCCUCCUCACUUACGCCGCCGUCGGAGGAAGAUUGAUGUCCCUUCAGCAUCAUGCAGCCGCCGCCGAGGAAGGUGAAAGUUACACAAGAACUGAAAAACAUUCAAGUUGAGCAGAUGACAAAACUUCAAGCCAAACAUCAAGCAGAAUGUGAUUUGCUUGAAGAUAUGAGGACAUUCAGUCAGAAGAAGGCUGCUAUUGAAAGAGAGUAUGCACAGGGUAUCCAGAAGUUGGCUAGUCAAUAUCUGAAGAGAGAUUGGCCUGGAAUAAAAGCUGAUGAUCGGAAUGAUUACAGGAGCAUGUAUCCUGUUUGGAAGUCUUUUCUCGAGGGAACAAUGCAGGUAGCCCAGUCUCGGAUCAAUAUAUGUGAAAACUAUAAAAACUUCAUUUCUGAGCCUGCAAGGACAGUGAAAAGCCUAAAAGAACAGCAACUAAAAAGGUGUGUGGACCAGUUGACAAAGAUCCAAACUGAAUUGCAAGAGACAGUGAAAGAUUUAGCUAAAGGCAAAAAGAAGUACUUUGAGACUGAACAGAUGGCUCAUGCAGUACGAGAGAAAGCUGACAUCGAGGCAAAAUCUAAACUUAGUCUUUUUCAAUCAAGAAUCAGUUUACAGAAGGCAAGUGUAAAGUUAAAAGCCCGGCGAUCUGAGUGUAAUUCCAAAGCUACCCAUGCAAGGAAUGAUUAUCUUCUUACAUUAGCGGCAGCAAAUGCACACCAGGAUCGCUACUAUCAAACAGAUUUAGUUAACAUUAUGAAGGCUCUUGAUGGAAAUGUAUAUGACCACCUCAAGGAUUAUUUAAUAGCCUUCAGCCGGACGGAGCUAGAGACAUGCCAAGCUGUGCAGAACACAUUCCAGUUUUUAUUAGAAACCUCCAGCAAGGUGGUACGAGACUAUAAUCUUCAGCUGUUUUUACAAGAGAAUGCUGUAUUUCACAAACCCCAGCCCUUCCAGUUCCAGCCUUGUGACAGUGAUACUAGCCGACAGUUAGAAUCAGAAACUGGGACCACAGAGGAACACAGUUUAAACAAAGAGGCUCGGAAAUGGGCCACACGUGUGGCACGGGAGCACAAAAAUAUUGUUCACCAACAACGGGUUCUAGAUGAUCUGGAAUGUCAUGGAGUUGCAGUUUCAGAACAAGGCCGAACAGAGUUGGAACAGAAAAUAGAUGAAGCUAGAGAAAAUAUUCGUAAAGCAGAGAUAAUUAAGUUGAAAGCUGAAGCCCGGCUGGACCUACUAAAGCAGAUUGGUGUUUCCGUGGACACAUGGCUAAAGAGUGCAAUGAACCAAGUGAUGGAAGAACUGGAAAAUGAGCGAUGGGCCCGCCUUCCUGCAGUGACCAAUAAUGGAACAUUACACUCGCUUAAUGCAGAUACCGAAAGAGAAGAAGGAGAAGAGUUUGAAGACAAUAUGGAUGUUUUUGAUGACAGCAGUUCCAGCCCUUCUGGCACCUUAAGAAAUUAUCCACUCACCUGCAAAGUUGUUUAUUCCUAUAAGGCUUCUCAACCAGAUGAGUUGACCAUUGAGGAACAUGAGGUGUUAGAAGUGAUUGAAGAUGGAGAUAUGGAAGACUGGGUAAAGGCUCGAAAUAAAGUCGGCCAAGUGGGUUAUGUACCAGAAAAGUACCUACAGUUUCCCACCUCGAACAGUCUGCUGAGCAUGCUGCAGUCCUUGGCUGCUUUGGACAGUCGGUCACACACAUCCAGCAAUUCCACGGAGGCCGAACUCGUUUCAGGCAGCCUCAACGGAGAUGCCAGUGUCUGUUUUGUGAAAGCACUUUAUGACUACGAGGGCCAGACAGAUGAUGAAUUAUCUUUUCCUGAGGGAGCAAUCAUCCGAAUCUUGAACAAAGAAAACCAGGAUGACGAUGGCUUCUGGGAGGGGGAAUUCAAUGGGCGGAUUGGAGUUUUCCCAUCAGUGCUAGUGGAAGAACUUUCAGCCUCAGAAAACGGUGACACUCCAUGGAUGCAGGAGAUUCAGAUCUCUCCCUCCCCCAAGCUGCCCGGCUCCCUGCCUCCACUGCCGCUGUAUGACCAGCCUCCUAGUAGCCCUUACCCCAGCCCAGAUAAGAGGAGCUCCCAGUACUUCCCCCGCUCUCCUUCAGCAAAUGAAAACAGCUUCCAUGCGGAAUCACCAGGAUUCUCACAGGCAUCCCGACAUACUCCUGAGACCUCAUAUGGGAAACUACGACCUGUCCGGGCAGCUCCCCCUCCACCUACGCAGAACCACCGAAGGCCAGCAGAGAAGAUCGAGGAUGUGGAAAUCACACUGGUGUGAUGAUGGCUUUGCCCGUCCGUUACUGCUACAAUCAAGGCCAGGCUUAGAGUUUGGCCAGUCUUGUUUUUUAGGCACCUUUGCAUGAUGACUCGAACAGAGCAAAAACAA